AUCGGGUCCAUCUGCACAACUCCUUGUCUUCCUCCUUUUUCUUCUUUUUUUUCCACUUCUCCCUCUUUUCUGUUUCUCUUCCUGAUUGUAGUUACUCCUUCCAUCCCCUCCCUCCCAUUCAUCUGUCUACCAAUCUAUCAAGAAGCACAGGCAAAGGCAGCACUAGCAGCAACUCCAUCCCUGUCUCUCCAUGGAAAUACAGUGGACACAAUAAGCAGGGGGCACCAGGAGAAGACAUUUGGCCAAGUUGCCCCCUUUUUUUUGUGAUUUUUCAUAUCCCUAGGAAUAUAUCCAAGGAGUAUUUCUGGAUAUGUCAGUCAUGGAAGAGGCAGGAGUUCAGAAGACCAUUUGGGAUGGAGAUGCCAAAGCUGUCCAGCAGUGUCUGACGGAUAUAUUUACAAGUGUAUACACCACCUGUGAUAUCCCAGAGAAUGCAAUCUUUGGCCCCUGCGUGCUGAGCCACACUUCACUCUAUGACAGCAUAGCUUUUAUAGCACUCAAAUCCACAGACAAGAGGACUGUGCCCUAUAUAUUCCGGGUGGACACCUCAGCUGCUAACGGUUCCUCCGAGGGGCUGAUGUGGCUCCGUCUGGUGCAGUCUGCCAGGAACAAAGAGGAGCAGAAUCUGGAAGCUUACAUCAAAAAUGGGCAACUGUUCUACCGCUCCCUGCGCAGGAUCGCCAAGGACGAGGAGUUAUUGGUCUGGUACGGGAAGGAACUGACUGAUCUCCUACUGCUCAGCCAAGUCAGGACAUCUGGAAAAAACACUGGCUCCUCUCAGCUCACCUGUCAGGACUGCUGCCAGAGGUUCCAGUACGAUUUUCCUUACGUGGCCCAUGUGAGGUUCCGCUGUCCCAAGAGGGUUCACAACAUGGACUCCAACUCUGAGCAGGUGUGCAAAGAGAACCGAGAGCUGGAGCCUCGAAAUGUCCUGAUAAGCCCAGCCAAAUACAGCAAAUUAAGCAUCUAUCAACCUCAGAAGGAGAACCACAAGCCCACCACAGACUUUCACAACCUGGCUAGGGACAUGGAGAAUUUUAGAGGACAUUCUUCCUCCUCCUUCAGCUCUUCAUCUUCUCCUAAGGCCAACCUUUCACGCCAGGACUCUGAAUCUGAGAGCCACCACAAAGCCAAGAGGAAAUAUGAUGACUUACUUGAGGAAAAUAGGUCCAGAAGGAUGGAUGCCUCGAUAAGAUAUUUGGACAGACCAAUGCCUUCUUCCAAAGAGGACUUAGUAUGUAGCCCUCAGCCAUUCCGAGCAAGUUCUUACUACAGUUUAGAAGAAGGUGGACAGUUAUUUGCCCCUCCUAGUCCAGAAACCGGAGAGGCCAAGAGGAGCGCUUUCGUGGAGGUUAAAAAAGCCUCCAGGGGUGUGGCAGAGAAUGACUUGGACUCAGACAAUAAAGCAGCUUCUCCAUCCCAUGCCAGCAGCCCAACUGAGGACAAGAGGUUGCAUGCCAGGCCAGAAAACCAGGUAGAGGAGACCUCUGGUCUUGGCAGUGCCUUUAAUAGUGUGCCCCAGAUUAAUAACCAGGAUCAGGAAAGGAAAAGCGCAUUUUCCCAGCCAACAAGGAGCAGUUUCAGUCAUGUGUCUCCACUGCAGGUAAUGGGACAGAAGCUGGUCUCCAGUGGGGUAAAUUUGGAUUGUCAUACAGACAGCAUUGGUGGGGGCAGACUCUUCCCAUCGGAUCCUCUCUCUGUCAAAUUGCAGGGAUCCGAAUUAAAUGGCAACUGCACUCUACAGGGCACCUUACCAAAGCAAAGUCCCUUUUUGUUUGCCACCACGUUCUGGCCAAAGAGCUCAGCCGGUCCCCUCCAGCUGCAGCUGCCUUCCACGUUGACCUUGCUCCCCCCUUCUUUUACCUCCCUGUGUUUGCCAGCACAAAACUGGUGUGCCAAAUGCAACGCUUCUUUCAGGAUGACCUCAGAUUUGGUUUAUCACAUGCGGUCUCACCACAAAAAGGAAUACGCAAUGGAACCUCUGGUGAAGAGGAGGAGAGAGGAGAAACUUAAGUGUCCUAUAUGCAACGAGUCCUUCAGGGAACGCCACCAUCUCUCCAGGCAUAUGACAUCCCAUAAUUAAUACCCAGUGGACAAUAAAUUAAGAACUUGGAUGGUCAUUAUGUAUCCCUUUGCUUGGGAACCAUCAAGACUUGAAGUUCAAGAGCAGUGGUUGAGACAAACACACAACCACCGCUGUUCUAGAACGUGGACCUCUAAAUAUUCUCGCACACUAACAACUGAGGACUUCUGAUCCCCCAACUCUAAAACUGUGUAUGUCCUCUUUGAAUGCACGCAUUUUCACUUUCCAA